GCACUGAUGGAGCCCUAGCGAGCAAGACGUUUGCCUGCUGGAUUUGGGAUUCAGUGCUGAGCAACCACUUCUUGCCGUCGCCCCUGCCAUGGCUGGGCUUCUGUCACUCCAAGCCUCCUGAGCACGCGACCCACCCGCCUCUACUGGGGUGUUCUAUGUUGUGUUCUCUUCCUUUUUGCUGUCCUUAGAGGUUAGUGUAUGAGGCUUUCGAAUGCAUGGGAGAUGGGUCAGGACCAGACAAAGCAGCAGAUAGAGAAGGGACUCCAUCUUUACCAGUCUAAUCAGACCGAAAAGGCCCUGCGAGUCUGGAUGAGGGUUUUGGAGAAGUCUGCGGAUCCUGCUGGCAGGUUUCGGGUUUUGGGUUGCCUCAUCACUGCUCACGCAGAGAUGGGCAGAUACAAAGAUAUGCUGAAGUUUGCAGUGGUACAGAUUGAUACAGCACGGGAGCUGGAGGACCCGGAUUACCUUACAGAGAGCUACCUAAACCUGGCUCGCAGCAACGAGAAACUCUGUGAAUUCCAGAAAGCAAUCUCUUACUGUAAGACGUGCCUGAACAUGCAGGGCACGGCCGUGAGCCUGCAGCUGAACGGCCAGGUGAGCCUCAGCAUGGGCAACGCCUUCCUGGGCCUCAGCAUCUUCCAGAAGGCUCUGGAGUGCUUUGAGAAAGCCUUACGCUACGCACACAACAACGACGACAAGAUGCUGGAGUGCCGCGUCUGCUGCAGCCUCGGGAGCUUCUACGCCCAGGUCAAGGACUACGAGAAAGCCUUGUUCUUCCCCUGCAAAGCAGCCGAGCUGGUGAAUGAUUAUGGAAAGGGCUGGAGCUUGAAGUACCGUGCGAUGAGCCAGUACCACAUGGCAGUGGCCUAUCGGAAACUGGGGCGCUUGGCAGAUGCGAUGGACUGCUGCGAGGAGUCCAUGAAGAUUGCCCUGCAGCACGGUGACCGGCCUCUGCAAGCGCUGUGUCUGCUGUGUUUUGCAGAUAUCCAUCGCAGCCGCAGAGACGUGCAGACUGCCUUCCCUCGGUACGACUCCUCCAUGAGCAUCAUGACCGAGAUUGGAAACCGCCUGGGCCUGGUCCAGGUGCUGCUGGGAGUGACCAAGUGCUGGAUGAUCCAGAAGGAGCUGGACAAGGCUCUGGAAAGCAUUGAAAAGGCACAGGAGCUGGCAGAGGGACUGGGGAACAAGCUCGGCCUGCUGAAGCUCCACUGCCUGUGUGAAAGGAUCUAUCGCACGAAGGGGCAGCAGCGAGAAUUGCGUGACCACGUUGUGAAGUUCCACGAAUGCGUGGAGGAGAUGGAGCUGUACUGCGGCAUGUGCGGAGAGUCCAUCGGGGAGAAGAACAACCAGCUCCAGGCGCUGCCUUGCUCCCACUUCUUCCACUUAAAGUAA